AUGACUUUACUGGACGAACAAGUUAAAUCUGAGCUUACCAAAAUGCAAGCUUUUAUUGAAAAAGAAGCAAAAGAAAAAGCAAAAGAAAUAAAAUUAAAAGCAGAUGAAGAAUAUGAAAUAGAAAAAUCAUCAACUGUUAGAUUAGAAACAUCAGCAAUUGAUUCAACAUAUGAACAAAAAUUAAAAAAAGCAAGUUUAGCACAACAAAUUACAAAAUCAACAAUUGGAAAUAAAACAAGAUUAAGAAUUUUGGGAGAAAAAGAUCAAAUUUUGAAUCAAAUUUUUGAAGAUGCUGAAAAAGAAUUGAGAACUAUAACAGAAAACAAAGAAAAAUAUAAACCCGUCUUGGUUGGAUUAAUUGAAGAAGGUAUAUUAACAUUAUUAGAACCAGUAGUAAGUUUAAGAGUUAGAAAAGAAGAUGUUGAAAUUGCAAAAGAAGCAGCAAAAGAAGCUAGUAAAAAUUAUGAAGAAAAAUCAGGUGAACAUGUUGAUAUAACUGUUGAUGAAAAAGAUUUCUUAAACAAAGAUUUAGCUGGUGGUGUUGUUAUUGUAAAUGGUACUGGAAAAAUCGAAGUUGAUAAUACUUUGGAAGAAAGAUUAAAAAUUUUACAAGAAGAAGCUUUACCUGCUAUAAGGUUAGAAUUGUUUGGUCCUUCAUUAACUAGAAAAUUCUUUGAUUAG